GCGGAAUCAACGGAAGCCUGCAAUCGGAGAGAGAGAGAGAGAGAGAGAGAGAGAGACAGACAGACUUUAAACUUGUUUUCUUUGUUUGUUGAUGGUUUAAGGUGUAAAUCAUGAAGAAUUUCGGAUUAAUUCUGGGGUUAAUGCUGUUUGUUGUGGGCGGUGACGCCAUUAUCAGGAUUCCUCUGCGGCGGAUGCCGUCUGUACGCCGCACGCUGGUCGAUAGCGCUCUUGCCGGACACCAGCUGAAGUUGCACGAGGAGGCGUGGAGCGUGGACGCUGCUCCGUUUCCUGCGGAGAACCUCUCAAACUUCAUGGAUGCUCAGUACUUCGGCAUUAUCAGCAUCGGGACUCCGGCACAGGAGUUCACCGUCCUGUUCGACACCGGCUCCUCCAACCUGUGGGUUCCGUCCAUCAAGUGCUCCUUCCUUGAUCUGGCCUGCUGGCUCCAUCACCGGUACAACUCUAACAAGUCGAGUACCUAUGUGAAGAACGGCUCUGAGUUCUCCAUCCAGUAUGGCAGAGGAAGUCUGAAAGGUUUCUUCAGUCAGGACACAGUCACCCUGGCAGGUCUGGCUGUAAAGAAGCAGAUGUUCGCUGAGGCGGUGCAGCAGCCAGGCUUGGUGUUUGCCGUGGCGAGGUUCGAUGGCGUCUUCGGUAUGGCGUAUCCCAUCCUGUCUGUGGGAAAAGUCCAACCCGUGUUCGACUCCAUCAUGGCUGCCAAACUUCUAAAGCAGAACAUCUUCUCCUUCUACAUCAACAGGGACCCUAAAGCAGCGGUUGGAGGGGAACUGAUGCUGGGUGGUUUUGAUCAGCAAUAUUUUGAUGGAGAUCUUCACUACCUGAAUGUCACCCGGAAAGCAUACUGGCAGGUCAAGAUGGACAUAGUGAAUGUGGGAAACACUCUGACCUUGUGUAAGGACGGUUGCCAGGCGAUUGUGGACACGGGAACGUCCAUGAUCACAGGGCCAGUGCAGGAGAUAAGAGCUCUGAACAAAGCCAUCGGGGCCAUCCCUCUGAUCAUGGGGGAGUACUGGAUUAACUGCAAUAAAAUUCCCUCACUGCCGGUGGUUUCCUUCAGUCUGGGAGGGAAAACAUUCAACCUGACUGGAAAGGACUACGUCUUCAAGUCCACACAGUUGGGUGUAUCUGUGUGUCUGUCUGGUUUCGUGGCCAUGGACAUCCCGCCCCCUGCUGGUCCUCUCUGGAUCCUGGGUGAUGUUUUUAUCGGCCGUUUCUACACCGUCUUCGACCGGGACAAUGACCGAGUGGGAUUCGCUCCUGCCAAGUGACUCCGGUCAAACUCCGGUCAAACUCCGGCUCAUUAUUAAGUUUGAGUUCUGACAUUUAUUUCAUCCUUUUCACGUAAACCUCGCUUUAAUCUGAGCAUCUUAUACACCGUGCCCUUUCAGUCCAAAUGUUUAAACACAUCCAAUCAAAAGAAACCUGAAAAACAGCUGGAGUAACUAACAUAGGUGAGAGAGAGAGGGAGAGGAAGAGAGGGAAGGAGAGAGGGAAGGGGAGAUGGGGAAGAUGAGGAAGGGAGAGGGAGAGAGAGAGAGAGAGAGGGGGAGAGGGGGGGCACAGAAAGAGGGGGAGAGAGAUGGAGAGAGGGAAAGAGAGAGAGAGAUGGAGAGGGGAAAAGAAAGAGAUAGGGAGAGAGAGAGAGAUGGGGAGAGAGAGAGAGAAACUCAGAGUUAACUUUUUACCCAAAACACAACUCGACUUCAGUUAUUUGACAUUUUCCCGAGAUUUCAGAGAUUAAAAUGAAGAUGAAAUGGAAUUUAAAUCCUAAGGAACAGUGUAGAGUUACAUCACACUUCCAGCCUGCAGCUUUAACUUCAUUAAUAUAAAAAACACGGAAUAAUCCCCUCAUUUCAGUCUGAAGUGUUUUACUGCUUUCCUCAAACAUGCUUUAAACAACACUGAAGUCUUCAGAGCGCUCCAGUCUCCUGACUAGCUUCCUUUCUUUCCUUUUCUAUUUCUUUCUUUCUUUUUCUUUCUCUCUCUCUCUUUCCUUUUUCAUGCCCAGAUAUGGAAAUAAUGAGAACGUUCUUGAGAACAAAGUCAUUUAAAAGCAUCAGAAUUGUGUUUUCAGAAAAGGAGAAACAAACACAAAAACAAACAAACAAACAAACAAACAAACACGUACCAGUCUGACAAACUUCUUUAAUCUUUUUAUAGUUAAAGUUUUUAGGUAUUUCUUUAUCUUUCUGUAUACAGAACUAAUGAUUAAUGAUGAGGAAUGUGAUGAAGGAAAAAACUACAGAGUUUCAGAAUUUGGAGUUAAACUACGUGUCAGUGAUGGGAAUGUUUUUAUUUUCAUAAACUAUUCUGUUAAAAAUGAUGAAAAAGUAAAGAGUUGAAUGUUUUGAAUGUUGAAGUGUUUUUUGGUGGAUCUGUGUGUAUCUGAUUUCCUGGACUUGGUAAGAGUUGUGUUUUGAUCACGCUCUGAUGGACUGUGAGGCUUCAUGGUGUUUUAGAAUGAUCUAAACUCUUUAUUUGGAUGUUUUUGGGUUUGUUUUUUAUCUGAUUGUUGCACUGAGACUUGGAUUUGCACUGCACCGGCUUUCAGCUGAGAAACUGAAAUAAAAAUAACGUGUUUAUUAAAA